AUGGCGAUUGUGAUCGAGGGCCAGUUUCCGUUCAAAAUUUUGGUUCAUGAUACCUCUUCUUUUCCUUCUGAGAAUUCCAAUCCAACAGACGCCGUCAUUUUCUUUGUGUUAUGUUUGGUUCUUGGGGUUGCUUCCAGGCAUGCCUUGCGUGGAACUAGAGUUCCUUACACUGUUGCUCUGCUCGCCAUAGGCAUUGCUCUUGGAUCCUUAGGGGCAAACAUUGAUCCUGACAUUUUACUGGCCGUUUUCCUUCCUGCUCUUCUUUUUGAGAGUUCGUUUUCAAUGGAAAUGCACCAAAUCAAGCCAUGCGCUGCCAGUUGCCAUGGCCACAUGCUUGAUGCAAAAGUUCUGCAAAAUGCACAGUUGAUGAAGUUAGAAGCAGUUCAGAAUGGUUUGGGGAGAUGCAUGGCACAAAUGCUUCUACUUGCUGGUCCAGGAGUUCUUAUCUCAACAUUCUGUCUUGGACCUGCUCUGAAGCUUGCUUUUCCAUACAAAUGGAGCUGGAAAACAUCAUUGUUGCUGGGCGGACUUUUGGGUGCUACUGACACUGUAUCAUUGUUGCUGGGCGGACUUUUGGUUGCUACUGACCCUGUGGUUGUUGUUGCUUUGUUGAAAGAGCUUGGUGCAAACAAAAAAUUGAGUACAAUAAUUGAAGGGGAAUCCUUGAUGAAUGAUGGGAUAGCAAUCGUGGUCUAUCAGUUGUUUUACCGGAUGGUCCGUGGAGAGAGCCCCAGCUGGGGUGGGAUAGUCAAAUUUCUGGCACAACCACAAGAGGAUGCUGAUGUUUCUGGCGUUUUGGCAGUGAUGACUUUAGGAAUUGAUGAAAAUUCUAUGAUACUUGUGGUUUCUGUUUCAGGAAAUUCAUGGGGCUACCUAUUUCUUCUAUAUGUUUUUGUGCAAAUUGGAAGGCAGCUACUAUUCUUGUUUGGUCAGGUUUGUGGGGAGCUGUUGCAUUAUCACUCUCGCUCGCUAUCUGUUGAGAGACGUAAAGUGGAUUGCACGAAGUAUGAAAUGUUGAACGAAGCACUGGCUGCCUUUGGUGAUCUUGGAGACGAUGAGGAACUUGGAUCUGCUGACUGGCCAACUAGUAAAAGAUAUAUUGCAAGCUUAAAUAAUUUGAAGGGAUGUACUGGCCCUCGAAACGCAACUGAACCCGAUAAUAAUAUGGACCCAACAAAUUUGAAGGAUAUUCGUGUACGCCUUCUAAAUGGUGUCCAAUCUGCUUAUUGGGCAAUGCUCGAUGAAGGAAGGAUAACACAAAUGACUGCAAAUAUGUUGAUGCAAUCUGUAGAUGAAGCAAUUGACUUAGCUUCUAUUAGGCCUCUAUGUGAUUGGAAGGGCUUAAAAGCUAAUGUUCAUUUCCCGAGUUAUUACAGGUUGCUUCAAGCAAGCAUUUGCCCACAGAAACUGGUUACUUAUUUUAUUGUAGGGAGAUUGGAAUCUGCUUGCUACAUUUGUGCUGCAUUUCUACGUGCCCACAGAAUUGCUUGA